AUGGGUCGUACUUGGAUGUACAAUAGGGUACAUGAAAAUAGACACGGAUUGAAAGAGGAGUAUGUUAGUGGUGUUAAAGAUUUUGUGAAGAGGGCUUUGAAACAACCGAUUUGUAUAUCUAAGGGAGGGAUAAGGUGUCCGUGUAUAAAAUGCAAGUGUAUGAAGAUAUCUGCAGCAACUACUGUUAGACUUCACUUGUACUGGGAUGGAUUUCAACCAGAUUAUUGGAUGUGGACUGAACAUGGAGAAGUGAAGCCAAUGGUUGAAACAAGGGGAGGUUCGACUAGUAAUAAGAUUAUGCAUCACGACGACCAAUUUAAUGCAAUCGAUGAAAUGGUGUUUGAUGCUUUUAGGCCUUAUCGAGAUGUCAUUGAUGUGAACACUAACAUGGGAAAUGACACAUUUGCUGAGGAUGAGUUACCUAACGAAGAUGCAAAACGAUUUUAUGAUAAGUUGAUAUCCACCAACAAGCCCAUCUACGAGGGGGCUACCCAAUCAAUGUUAUCAAUAUGUGUUCAACUUCUACCAAUUAGGCCUAAUUGGCAUGUUCCACAAAAAGGUAUAGAUGUUGUUACAAAAAUGCUUAAAAGUGUAUGUCCAUUGGAAACAUGCUUGCCCGAUAACUAUUACCAAGCAACACAAUUGGUGUCAAAGUUAGGGUUGAAGGUUGAGAAGAUUGACUGUUGUAAAAAAGGAUGUAUGUUAUAUUACAAGGAUGAUAACAAGUUAUCUGAGUGCAAAAUUUGUCAUUCUCCUAGGUUCAUUCCACGUAGGACUGGUAUGGGAAAAUACAAAGAUGUUCCAGCAAAAAGAAUAUUUUAUUUCCCUAUCAUUCCUAGAUUACAAAGAUUGUAUGCAUCAACUGAGUAUGCAGCUGAAAUGAGAUGGCAUCACGAGAAUAAAAAGAGUUCAAACGUCCUUCGCAUUCCGUCUAAUGGAAAAGCAUGGAAACAUUUUGACGAUGUUUAUUCUGACUUUGCUAGUGACCCCGGAAAUGUAAGGUUAGGCCUAUGUUCAGAUGGAUUUACUCCUUAUAUUCAAGCAUCUGCUUCUCCAUACUUCUGUUGGCUAGUUAUACUCACUCCAUACAAUCUUCCCCCUGAAAUGUGCAUGACCAAACCAAAGUUAUUUUUGACUUGUCUCAUACCUGGACCUUAUAAUCCCAAACAAAAUAUAGAUGUCUACUUGCAACCAUUAAUUGAUGAUUUGCAACGAUUGUGGUCCAACGGCAUUUUGACCUAUGAUAUAUCCACAAAACAAAACUUCAUCAUGAAAGCAUGCUUGAUGUGGACAAUUAAUGAUUUUCCCGCAUAUGGUAUGUUAUCUGGAUGGGGAACACAAGGUAAGUUGGCAUGUCCUCAUUGUAUGGAUGACACAAAAGCUUUCACUUUGAAAUAUGGCGGUAAGAAUUCUUGGUUUGAUUGUCAUCGUCGAUUCUUGAAAGCUAAUCACUCUUUCAAAAGAAGUUUUACAAAAAAUAGGGAUGAGAAAGACGGUCAACCUUACAUUUACACAGGGCAAGAGAUAUCGGAGGUGGUGAGUAAUUUUCCAAAAGUGACUGAAAUUGGUUGGAAAAAGAAAUUGAACGGGUAUGGAGUGGGUCAUAAUUGGAAAAAACGAAGUAAAACAAAGGAUAAUGGAAAGGCGAGAAAAGACUUGUCUUUAUUAUGCUUUCGCGGGGACUUGGAGAUGCAAGUAUUAUCUAACGGAAAGAUGGGUAAACCAAAGGCAAAUUACACAUUGACAUCAUCAGAUGCCAAGUUGGUUUGUAAAUGGCUUAAGGAAUUGAGAAUGCCUUAUGGCUAUGCUUCAAACCUUGCUAGGUGUGUCGAUGUUGAGAAGGGAUGA